CGUCGCACGAAUUCACGAUACUUACGCCUUUCACGAGCUCUGUUGCUGCAUUCUUCAUGCGCUGUAUUGCUUAGCAUCUAUACCCAUUUUGAUACCCGGUUUCAUAUUCCAUUCUGUGCUAUUUCAACAUGGGCAAGCUGUUGCUCACGUCUGGGCAGGUCUCCAUUGUGUUAUCUGCAGCCAUCGUAUUUCUCUUCACCUUCGCGCUUUUCCUGUCCGGAUACGUGCUGCAGCAGAGAUACGUGCACUCUCUGCAAGCAGCGAUCAAGCCGCGCCUUCCCAAGCCGCUACCCGCACCAAUACCAAUAGAGCCGCCAACACUGAAUGUAAAGUGGGCGAGACCGAUGGGCGGAAGGCCCGCGGUGGAUGAGUCGGCCGAGCAGCUGAUAGCUGGGCAAACUCUCGAUUGGAGCCGGUUGGGCUAUGUGCAGGUUGUGAGGGCGCACGUCGAACUAUGCAGCGCAGUGAUGCUGCUUGCCGACUUUCACAAGAUGAAAAGUCCGGCGAAGAGGAUUUUGAUGUUUCCAAGGAUCUGGCUGAAGAAGGCCGGCGAGGAUGAGUGGGAUCCCCAGAUGAGCACGACGAGGCGGCUGCUCAGGACAGCGGUUCGGCGUUAUGGAGUCACUCUCAUACCGAUGGAGACCAUCGUUGACGGAGGAGACGACUCAUUACCGUCCUCCUACUCCCUGGCAAGCCUGUACUUGCUCACAGAGUAUGAGAGGGUUAUCUAUCUCCAAGGGCCAGGCGUGCUGCUCGAUGCGUCGGCCCUGGACUCGUUGCUUGCUUUUUCCAAGAGUGAGCCGAUGGCUGCAUAUCCCGCCACGCCAGAACGGAAGGAUCUGUCGACGUCUCUGCUGCUCAUUCACCCAUCGCGCGAGAGCUUCCGGCAGCUGAAGGCGUCGCGGUCGUCCAGGCCCGUGAAAGACAUCGAUCUCUUUCGGGAAGCAUUCGCAGCGCCAGAGUCGCUGAUCUCUGACUGGUCGCUCUCCAUGGGGAACGUGGUCUACGAGUCGCAGAAGCUGCGGGAUGCGAUUGACGGCUUUAAUGCCACCAUCUUCGAGCAGGCGACCACGUACGUGCGGCUUUCGGACCCCGAGCUCCCUGGCCCAGAAUACGACGUGCCGUACUAUGACAGGGCCAAGCUGCGGCCCAAGAACGGGCAGGCAAGGGACGCAUGGGAAAAGCUGUAUGAAAAAUUCCGGCAGCGGCGCAUGGAGGUAUGCGGGCUCGACCUGGAGGUCUGGACGAGGCCCGUGCUGCAGGCGGUCGCCGCCGAUGAAGGAGAUACGGCGGCUGCAGAACUAUAAGAACUGCGCUAUACGCCUUGGUUUUCUCUUCCCGCCGAACACGCGGGAGGUUGAAGGGCAAGCUUCCUUUGAUCUGUUGUACAUAUAUGCGGAGGGACUUGUUCAUAUGGCAGGGAGCCACUGUGGCUAUCCCCUCAGGAGGGAUUUUCGGGCUCGGGCUGGUCUGGAGGGGGAUCAGCAUGGAUAUUAAUGGCAUGAGGGCGUUCGGGGUCUCGAUGCCUUGUGUUUCUCAGGAUCGCCGUCCGCACGGAUUCUCGGGACGGCCGUGAAGCAUGACGCAACGGCCAUUGGCCGCUCCUGGCGCGCACUGUGCGACACGGCGCCUCAAUGGCAAACGCCCUUCACCGGCAGCAGCAGCAGCAGCAAGAGGAGCAGUGCCGGCGAGCUGCUGCUGCCUGCGUACAUAGCACGCGGCGGCGGCGCGCGGA